CAGCUGCGAGCAUGCAUUGGCUUACCUACGUAUGGAGGCAGUUGUAGCACUACUAGUAGCAGCAGUAGAGUACGCAAGUCAGAGCAAUGUAUCCCUGGGCCUUGACCUAUCAAUGCUGCAAUGAAUAAAAGCCUCUAACCACCAGCCAUCUCUCUCUCUGGUUACUACUUUUUUCGUUUCGUCCCUCUCAAGAUUAUCACCGCAGCUGCAACGCAAUGAAUAAAGCGGGCGCUCAGUAGCACCCCACUGCUCAGUAGUAGCACUGUUCAGCUUGUGGAAGCGGCAGCAGCUCUUGUUCUUCACUGAAAAUACACUAGCGCCUCUGUCAGAUCAUCCCAAUCGGAAGCAAUGCUUAGUGCAUUAUGAGGAGUGAGGAAUCGGUGGGAUGUGCGAUGGCCUGCGUUGAUGGAGUCGUCGUCGUCGAUGAAGGAGCGUCAGCGGUGGCGGCCUGAGGAAGACGCCGUCCUCCGCUCCUACGUCCGGCAGUAUGGCCCCCGGGAGUGGAACCUGGUGGCGCAGCGGAUGAACGUGGCCCUGGACCGCGACGCCAAGUCCUGCCUGGAGCGCUGGAAGAACUACCUCCGCCCCGGGAUCAAGAAGGGCUCCCUCACCGACGACGAGCAGCGCCUCGUCAUCCGCCUCCAGGCCAAGCACGGCAACAAGUGGAAGAAGAUCGCCGCCGAGGUGCCGGGGCGCACCGCCAAGCGGCUCGGCAAGUGGUGGGAGGUGUUCAAGGAGAAGCAGCAGCGGGAGAUCAGGGACAGCCGCCGCCCCAACCCGGAGCCCAGCCCCGACGAGAGGGGAAGGUACGAGUGGCUGCUCGAGAACUUCGCCGAGAAGCUCGUCAAGGAGAGGCAGCAGCUGGUUGGAGUUGGCGGUGACCACCACCCCCUCAUGGCCGCCCCCAUGCUGCCGCCAUGGAUGUCGUCCGCAAACGGCGGCGCGGCCGUCGCUCCGGCCCCGCCGACGCCCUCGCCGUCCGUCACGCUCAGUCUAGCGUCCGCGGUCGCCGCGCCCCCGGCCCCAUCCGCGCCGUGGAUGCCGCAGCAGCAGAUGAUGGACGACGGCGGCGCCGCGUUCGGGUACGGUAGGCCGCCACCGCCUUCCACUGCCAUGAUGGCGGAAGCUCCUCCCCCUCCUCUAGCGGAGCUGGCCGAGUGCUGCCGGGAGCUGGACGAGGGGCACCGCGCGUGGGCGGCGCACCGGAAGGAGGCGGCGUGGCGGCUCAAGCGCGUGGAGCUGCAGCUGGAGUCGGAGCGCGCGUGCCGGCGGCGCGAGGCUGCGGAGGAGUUCGAGGCCAAGAUGCGCGCGCUGUGGGAGGAGCAGGCGGCCGCCGCGGAGCGCCUGGAGGCGGAGUACCGGGACAAGGUGGCCGGGCUCCGGCGCGACGCUGAGCUCAAGGAGCAGAAGAUGGCCGAGCAGUGGGCGGCCAAGCACGCGCGCCUCACCAAGUUCCUCGAGCAGGUCGGCUCCUCCUGCCGCCGCUGGUCGCCCGGCGACAUGAACGGCCGGUGACUGCCCCGCCGCGGCCAUUGCUGGUUGCUUUCUUUGUUGCACUCCCGACAUCCAAAAACACAACGAUGGCGCUUGUUCCUUGCACAUCUUUAGUUUUCUUCUUCUUCAUUGGAAGCUUCACUUCUCUCUCUCACUCUAGUCUAGCUGAUCAGAAAUGUAAUGCCGUUGCUACUGUCGUAAUUUCACUUCUUUUCGGCCAGUCUUAGAUCAUGCCAAUUGUUCAUCGUUUCUUAGCAAUAAAUAAGCGUUUUGAAGACAA